UGACGAGGAAGAUGAUGACGAGGAUGAUGAGGUGGAGGCCAUCAAUGGGCGGCUGGCAGCUGCAGCUGAUGAGGACGAUGACGAGGAGGGUGAGGAGGAGGAGGAUGAAGAUGACGAGGAAGAGGAGGCUGUCACCCCCAAGAAUGGCAAGCGGCAGGCGGCUGCUGCGCCCAAGACACCCCAGCCCCAGAAGAAGGCCAAGGUGGAGCUCAAGGCGCCCAAGAGCGCGCCCGCCAAGGUGCAGGGCAAAGGUAAGGGCGGCGAUGGUGCGGCAGACUUCGAGGCCGGCCUGAAGGCUGCACUGGCGAAGGGGCCCAUGAGCAUUGCGCAGCUGGGCAGUGCAGUCAAGCGCCCGCCCAGCGUGCCCAAGCUGAAGAAGUUCAUAGACGACAGCAAGGCCUUCAAGAUCGAUAGCAAGAUGAUCGUUUCCCUGGUCUAGUUUUGACGUCUUCACGGCAAAGGCGGGAUUCCUUUUGUUCACCCCUUUCACUUGGGAUUUGAAGAUGGAAUUUGCACGGAAUUUAUAUGUGUCCUUGCUUUAGGACACUAUGGGUGAGCAUAUCAAGGGGUGAGGGUGUGGUUGCUGUCGAGAAGAACAAUGCUUGAACGUGUUUGGUGAAAAGCAGCAAACGAGCUGCAGUCAGAAUGUGUGUGGGCUGUGGGGUCACUGCCUGUGUUGGCUAAGCCAGUCCAUGCAUGUCUGUGCCCUGCCCUGCUUGUAUUAGUGAGAACCACUGCUCUCUUAUGCGUGCAAAGUAUGAAAAAUUCGCUUGCCACCGUCUGUGUAUGCCGCUGUUUAUUGAGUAAUUUGCCAUUGGCAC